UUUCCACGUAUUUAUUACUUUUCCCUUUUACUCUUAUAUGUAUUUUUUAUAAAGUCUUUAGGAAUAUAUUUUUAUUUCAUUGAAUUAACAGAUAAAUUAACAGAUAUGCUUGUAGAAUUACCUCCAUUACUUGACAAUUUAUUCAAAUUAGAUUCAUGGUUGAAGCCUUACGAAAAUGAAAUUCUUCGACGAUACCGUGAAUUUAAUAACAAAUUAAGCUUUAUUGAGCAGCAGUGUGAAGGUCUAGAUAACUUUACACAAAGUUACAAACAUUAUGGUAUUCAUGUGGAGACUGAUAAUUCUGUUUGUUGCCUUGAGUGGGCGCCUGGAGCUGAAUCAAUGGCUUUGGUCGGUGAUUUUAAUAAUUGGGACACUAAUGCUAAUAUUUACGAAACUAUUGGUUUUGGCAAAUGGAGUUUGAAAAUAAAGCCGAAAGCUGACGGGACUUGCCCUAUAGCGCAUAAUUCUGUGUUAAAAGUGGCAGUAAAAAAGAAUGGGAAGUUUAACUAUAAAUUAUCGCCUUGGGCCAAUUAUGUUACAUGUGCCAAUGACAGUAUUGUUUUUCAUCAACAAUUUUACAAUCCACCGACCAAAUAUUCUAUCAAAACAUCCCAUCCGAAAAAACCGAAGUCUUUACGUAUUUAUGAAGCUCAUGUUGGCAUUUCUGGUAAUGAAGGGAAAAUUAAUUCUUAUCGUGACUUUUCUGAAAAUAUUUUGCCACGUUAUAAUACAAUUCAAUUAAUGGCAGUGAUGGAACAUGCUUAUUACGCUUCUUUUGGCUACCAAGUAACUAGUUUUUUUGCUCCUUCAAGUCGUUUUGGCACUCCUGAUGAACUUAAAAUGCUUGUAGAUCGAGCUCAUCAAUUGGGUUUAAUCGUUUUGUUGGAUGUUGUUCACUCGCAUGCUUCUAAAAAUGUUGAGGAUGGUCUUAACCAUUGGGACGGUACUGACGGGGGUUAUUUCCACAAUAAUGUCAGAGGAUUUCAUCAACUUUGGGACUCGCGUUUAUUCAAUUAUGCCGAAAUAGAGACAUUGCGCUUCUUACUUUCUAAUUUACGUUGGUGGAUUGACGAAUAUGGUUUUGAUGGUUUUAGAUUUGAUGGUGUUUCGUCUAUGCUUUAUCAUUCUCACUUAAUUAGUGAUCCUGGGCCUGGAAGUUAUGAUGAUUAUUUUGGAUUAAAUGUUGACACUGAAUCCCUAGUUUAUUUAAUGCUAGCCAAUCAUAUGCUUCAUUCUUAUGAAGUCAGUGGAAUGCCUGCUCUUUGUCGUCCGGUGGCUGAAGGAGGACAAGGAUUUGACUUUCGAUUAGCAAUGGCUAUUCCUGAUUUGUGGAUAAAAAUUUUGAAGCAUGUCAGUGAUGAGGAUUGGCCGAUAGGAGAAAUUGUAAUUAUAUUAUAAA